AUGAAUCGGUUUCGGACAAAGAAGAAGACCAAGGAAGAGUCGAGUGCUGCCGCACGGGCUUCUUCCGAGGAACCACAGCCGCAGUCGUCCUCGUUUAAGGGAUUCCGAAAGAACAAGAAGACUCCCGAGGAAGAAAAGAAAGAAGAUUUCAGCCUGGAAAACGCCUUGCCGUCAUCAGACAACUUCCGAACAAGCCUCCUGAUGACUGGGCUGUCUGCCCGGUUUUCUAUGUUGAGAGAACAGGACGAUCCCAACACCAAGAUCGGCAAGGCAAGCGACGAUAGUGUGCUCUACCCCAAGAGGCAAUCGAGAACCUUGGAUGGAAACUUCAGGGGGCUGGACGACAUCGCCGAGGUCCAAUCUAUCCGAGCGCCGCCGUUCAUGCGUGCGGAAUCGUUUAUAUCCGAUACAGACUCCAACAAUGGAAGCGUGAUGAACCGCAACCGCCCAGGCGAAGGUAAUGUUCUGUUUGGUGGCCGCCAGAAGAUUUACCGCAUUCCUGUAGGGUCAUCGAAAGCUGGCUCUGGGGGUGGGAUGGGAGGUCGAGCACUCUACGACGACGACGUGGCCCUCUCAGCUUUCCAAAAGUUCAAGCAGCGGGAAAAGGACCGGCUAGCUCUGCUCGACUUUGACGACAGCAAAGACGAAGCAACAGACCCAGGCGAAACAUCAGCGACUCUUCCCACCUCCGACGCUUACGAUUCUUCUCCUGUUCCGCGCUCCGACUCGCCAUCUCCGGUAGGGUACGGCCUGCGAAGAGAAAGCUCAUCGGCAACGUCGUCAGCCGCGCGAAACUCUACGGCAGCAACAUCAGUUAUCUCGCAGGCGACAACAUCUGGCAAAGACGGGCCCCAGUCGACCGCUCAGACUGGCACAAAUGCUGCCACACGAACUCGCCGACUCUACGAGCAAGGUUUCAACCAAGAUAUGCAUGAGCACCAGUCCUCCGCACUACACCGAAUGGACACUUUGACUGGAAAACGGUCUCUUGGUCGAGGGACGCCUGACCUUGCACAGUCCCCUUCGCCGACGGGCUUCGGUUUCUCCGGAACCCUGAAUUACUCCAACUCUGCAAGACAGAUCCUGUCAAAGGGAAGCGCUCCGAACCUGCGCUCGACCAGCUCGCCUACGGCGGCUACCUCAACCAUUCCUCCCAAUAGCACAACGCCUCUGGAUAGCCCUGAUAUGAGGUCGUUAUCAGGCUCAGCAGAGUCCAGAAGCCGGUCCCCUGGGAUUCCGCCGUUGAGUCCGCCCAUCAGCGAUUCAGGAGAUCAGCUACAUCUUGCCAUUCAGCCCAAUGAUCGCGGAAAGGCCACGGCUAUGGGUGUUUUCCAGAAGCCAACUCUUCCGUACGACGAGUCACGGUUUGCACAACGACAACUGCAGCUGCAACAAGGCCGUGAGUCGCCCAGUGAGCCUUUCCGUAGCGAGUCGAAUGCAUCUCGCAGUACGGGCAUCUCAUCGCGUUCAUCUUCCGUCGCACACCAUGGCGACCAGAGGAACUCGCAGGUGCCGGCAGCUCCUGGUGUCACACCUGUGCUAGGACCGUUGGGCCCCAGUGUCAAGGAGAGGGCAAAGUCGUUCCUCUUUGACGCCGAUGACGAGAACUUGCGGUCGGCAAGGCUGGCACUGAAGCAGAGUGGUGCACAUGUGCCGAUCCCGAUAUCAGUGCAGAGGCCAUCGGACCAAGACCACCCGGCAUUUAGGCAGCCAGCCAUGCCAGCGGUCGCCUCUACUACGGCAGCCGUUGAAGAGUCUGUGGAUAUCGCUGGCAGAGACAUUGUCGUCUCUGCCCCUGCUGAAAAUGCUGCAGAAGACUCGCCGACACUGGGCCCCGGCACAGGGCUGAGCGGCCUUGUUCGCCAGCACUUGCGCACGACUAGCAACGCCUCAUCGGUGUACAGCACUUUGGCGCCCCAGUCAAACAACUACGACCCGUCUGGUGCCGACGACCAGACGGGCUCUGGUGGUUCCCGAGAGUGGAACGGCGCGAGCCACAGAGGUGCGAAUCCAUUUCCGGCACCGACAUCACCAGUCCCGCCGACGCCGCAGGCGGAGGCGAAGGAGCAGGACAAAAAGGAUGACGAGGACGACUUUGCCAACCAGCUGGCCAACGCCAGACGACGAGUGCAGGAGAGGCUGACGACGUAUGCUGAAGCAGACGGCAGUCAUGUGUCGUCGCCUCUCUUGGCGCCCACAGAGCCAGCAGGCGUGCCUCUGCCAUCUGCGAAGUCAAACCCUCUCGGGAUUCUGAGAGGCAAGUCGAGCCGUGGAUCGCUGAUGGAACGGACCCGCGAGGCCUCGCAUCCCAAGACGUUGAAGCUUCUCGGACUCGGUGCAGCGACGAUGAGUACGACGCCCAGCCCUUCCAGACAGUCGUUUGACGAGAUACCAUCGCCUCCAUCCUCCGCUCGUCUCCCGCCUGCAGCGGUAGCUACGUUUGCGUCGGACAUGGACGAUAGACGUCCGCGGAAAGAGUCGAGCGAAUUCAGCUCGGCACCGGUGCCGUCUGGCGACACAAGUACCAAUGCAGAAGAAGGUGAAGGUACGACGGCGGCGCCGACAGCGGACGAAGCUUCAGUUCAUCCGGGCCUUCUAGCAUUCCGGAAUGCCAGGCGUCAGCUACAGAAGCAGAAGGAGGCCGAGACGGCCGGACGGCACAGCGAAGACGGGGCAACUGAGGCCAGUGCAGGCUUCUCGUCGAGCAAGCAAUCACCACCACAGGAGCGUCGGGUACUGCACAGCAGCCAGGACCAGAAGGCGCCUCCUAUCUACUACACGGAGCGGAACCGCAGUGGGUCAGAGACGAGCAACGGCGGGGACAUGCGCACACGCCCGAUUCCGCCUCGGCUGCGGGCUCCAGUGGCGGCAAUGGACAGCCACCAGCAGGGAGGCCAGCAUCUGGGGGCUCCUCGCAGUGCUGGUGCGGCUCGGUCUCCCGGGCUUCCGGGAACAGACAUCCGACACUCGCCUCACAUGCCACCGCAGACAUAUACCGGAGGCCCGAUACAGAAAUCGCCGAUGGGCGCGCCCUCGUCGCCAUACUAUCCCGGGAGUGGCACAGACAGCCCUGGGGCUUCGGGCAUGACGACGCCGACGACAGCAGGGUCGCGGAUGCUCCGUGCUGCGCCACAGCCGUCGGGCAACGAGACGAAGAGAAAGGUGGUUAAGAAGAGCGAGAUUUCGGAGCCGACCUUUCUUGGAAGCACUGGACGGGUGCCGACAAUGAGCCUGCCGCAGAGCGCGUCCGCCCCGGAAAUCAACGGUGGGAGCCGGUCGCGCAGCGGAUCGAGGACGCGAGCCGGCAGCAACGCAGCACCAGCAGGCUUUGCGCCACCACUGCCGCCGAUUAAUCCGCUGCGGAAGCAGUCAGACUCGCGAAAGCAGGGCGGCUUGGGCGUUUUUAUGAGACGGCGAGGAUGGGAUGAGGGUUCGGCCGAGAUGUCGUCUGCCAGCACGUCACAGCUACCGUUCGAGGCUUCGGCAAGUGGCAAUGUGUCGGGUGGACCGAGCCAGCAGUACGGAUCGUCGAGCGACGAGGAGAACAACAUGGCGCCGCAGCGGCCGCUUCGCAAGCAGGCGUCGGAUGCCAGCGUCAAGCAUUAUCGGACGGUGGAAGCCGGCGCGCCACCUUUGCGAAUGGAUCUUCCCGGGGGAAUGAUCUAA